AGUAAAUUAUGCAGAUUAGUUUUCUAAUGAGAAGAACCAAAUUUCAACUUUUAGGAGUCUCAAUUUUGUUGGUUAGGUUUGAAAGUAACGGUCUUAGGCUGCGUUCCGAAAUUCACUGCCAGUACUGAAAAUCUACAGUAUACGUGACAUAAAUUAUGUAUUUUUGACAGUCAAUAUUGGAACACAGCCUUAAGCGCAACUUCGCCAUUGGCUACGUUCAGCAGGACAGAACGAUUGCACAACACAUAUAUGGGCGAGUUUUUUUAAUUCAUUGAUGGAUCCAUCGCAUAAUGCGUAAAUGCAGUGAAACGCUAUAUUUGCGCAUCAUUGAUGGAUCCAUCGAUGAAUUAAAAAACUCGCCCUAUAUUUAGACUAAGCAUUCUCCCCAAAAAGUGAAGCCAGAAGUUGGCAGUUUCUGUGCUAUAUAGGCCCUUAUUCUUGAAAUAGUUGCGUAUACGUAAGUUUUACUGCGCAGCUAUUUUAUGGUACGAUUAAACCUACGCAAUAAAACUUAUGUAUAUGCAACUAUCUCAAGAAUAAGGGCCAUGUAAUACCUGCGCAAUUGUCGUUAUUAACACAUAACUGCAUAACGAGUUACAGAAUCCCAGCACAGGGAGUCAGUUGUGUAUUAACAAAACUAGAAAAAUUACAAAAAUGAACGAAUUUACUGGAAUAUUUAACUCAUUGGUCAACACACACCUACUAAGUUUAAUUUUCACCACGUUGUAUUAAUACACAAUCAACCUUCGGACCACAUGAUACAACUCAACAAUUGAUUACGUUCAGCAGUGAAAGCAUUUUCAACAGUUUGCAGUCCUGUUAGCAUCACCUAACGUAACCCUAACCCUAACCCGCUUCACGGCUAUGGCAUUCGAUCGGACUGGGAUACUGAUACAACGCGCGAACCCAACGCGUCCGCUGUUCCUGUUGUCAUAAAGUCUACGAUGACGCGCGGUUACCUUAUAACAACAAAAGUGAUGAAAUAACGAACGCGCAUCGACGGAUCGCGGUGGCAGUGAAUCUUCCGAGAAUGCUGAUAUCGGAGCAACAAGACGAUUAAAUUUGUUAUGAUGGAAUAGAUGCUGCGCACGUAACGAAAUAUCUGUGACUAAGCGCGUUAGCCAGCGUUUUAUAAACAUCUAUCAGUGUCUGGUCUCUUUCCCGUUAGAGAUCGCCUCUGGUAAGAGAGAGAUAUCUCGCAUUGUUGUUACUUAUUGAAUCGUUUAAUAUGAGUGCUACGGUAAAUUCGUGACGAGAUCGCAUAUACGCAUUAUUUCAUUUGCCUUGCCUUGAUAACAAUGAACUUGACGUGAUGACACUUGUCAUUAAGAGGAACUCGUACUCGCGCGUGUUGCUUUCACCGAUUGUUUAGUAUUUAAAUGUCAAAGUGUAUCUGUGGAUUUUCGAUACGGUGAAUAGUUAUAUUGGCAAUUUAUUGAAAUUUCGGAAAAAUAAUUUUGUACAUUUAUGAAGUUUAUCCUGUUUUUAUCAGUUGUAUGAGUAGGAAAGAAAAUGGAGGAAAAGCGUGGCACUGGGGUAGUUGAGGAAGAGGAGCCAGAGGAUACUGAAAAUAUAAUAAUCAACGAAGUCGAUGGUCUACCAAAUUUACAUCCAAAUUUUGAACAACUGGAGCUUGAGUUUGAUAGAGAAAGGCAUAUUGGUGACACAAGUAUCAGAUCGAUUGAUGAAUUGGUUCAUGACGAAGAUCUACCAACUUCUGUAAUUGUUACUAAUGUGGAUCCCCGAGUUUUCAAGGGUGAUGAAUUAAAGCCAGCGAUAGAAAAUCUUUUCAAACAAUUCGGGGAAGAUGCAACGUUUCAAUACUUCAGGUCCUUCAGAAGGAUGAGAGUGAAUUACAAUUCUCCUAGUGCUGCGGCGAACGCGAGAUUACAACUGCAUCAGACACAUUUCGGGGAAACUGAUAUUAAUUGUUAUUUUGCACAACCGGUGACGCCUAUAGAUAUGGAAGAUCAACAUCUUCAGCCACCUGCGCUCACUAAACAGUUCCUCAUAUCUCCUCCUGCUUCUCCGCCAGUUGGUUGGGAGCCACGCGAGGAAGGAGAGCCGCUCGUUAAUCAAGAUCUAUUAGCCGCUAUAGCCAAUUUAUCCGCAGGCGGAAGUCACGAAUUACAUCCACCGGGGUCGGGACAGCCAGGCAUCGUGGUGCACGUUUGCGAGAACGCGAAUCCGGCGAAAAAUGCGCCACGCAUCCAGCACACGCGUUGUCCGGAGCAUUAAUUUCACUCCCUUCGCUCGCGUCUCAAUUCGCCACGCGCCGAUACAUUCUUAUGCCCCGCUCCCAAGGCCAUCCAGUAAGCGACUUUAAAUUAGAUUACUAUAUCGUACAAAGGUUGAACAAUUUACAACCGUUUGCUUGGGGCUGGUAUCCGAGUGAGCAUAAAGCGAUGCGUUGUGAAAAGAUUACGGCUCGCAGACAACGACGCGAUCCGGUGCAAGUAUUUACAAAACCGGCCGCGGGUAGCAGCGAUCUAUAAAUAUCACUUGUUGCUACAUACCGAUGAAGAUCUAGAAUCUCGGUUACGUCCGUUCAUGGAGAAUUCGCGAGGUAUCCUUGUAAUAUUUUUGUUUGUCAUGAUAGCAGUUGACUUCGACAGAGUCAACACCUGCAUGAUUUUUGGCCUACGUUGUUUCUCCAUGUUGUUCCUUAAAUAAUGGCAUUAAUGAUUCUACAUGUCAUGGGAGAUUACAGCUGAGCUGAUGAAACUGACGGUUGUCGGAAACGAGAAUAUCGUUGAGCGAUACGCUGAAGGAUUUUACAGUUCUACCUCUCAUUAUCGGUGUGUUAUUUGUACUCCUAAACGGCACGUAAAGUUUAACAGUAUUGUUGUGAAUUCACAGAGAUGAUACUAACGUUAUAGAGAAUAAUUAAUCGACAGAAUCAAAAAAAAAAAGAAAAAAAAUAUGGUCGGAGUUUCAACAGCUUCCUCCUCUCUAUUUAUUUUUGGAUCAUUCUUUCUCUCUUAUGGAAUGCUCUGAGGACUACGUCAAGUCGAAUGUCGAGUUGAGUUUUGCGUGCAUGCGAGAAGAGAAAAAGAAAUCUAGAGAGAUAUAUGACAUUAAUAUGUGAUAUGUGUGUGUAUACGAAUGUACUGUUCUAAAAAACUAUCGUUCUCCUUGUUCUGUGUUUUCGGUAGGAAGCUAGUUCACAUUAGCUUGAACAUUACACGCUAAUUCCUAUAAAUGGUCUCUUGUUAAUGAAGUUACGAGAAACUUAUUGUUAUCCGCUCUACUCUCUUUCUCUUUGAGAAUUGAGUUAGUGAAGAUAGGAUAGAGAUCAUGGUACGUAUGUGGUCAUAUCAGCGUUACCGAUUACACAGCGGCAGUGGUGAUUGUGUAUAUGUAUAUAAUGUUCUCAUGAAACGUAUAAUUCUUGUUAACGCAAGAUCUGUGACCUAAAAAUAAUUGUUGAAUAUUUAUAAAUACUUUAUAUAUAUAUAAAAAAUAGUAACCCCACCUUGCUUUAUAUAGAGCGCGAUACUGUUUAUAUUCUCCUGUCAACGGGACGGCGCGUAAAAACCGUCUCGAUCUUUUAGUUUCGAUCCUUCUUUACCGAAAACCCCGAGCAAAUAUAAUUACAUUACACCGACGGAAGCGAUGUACAAAUGAUUUGUAUCGAUGAAGAAAAUAUAAAUACAAAUUAUUUUACGUUAAAAAUUAUGAUACAUAGUCUGAACAUAAGUGUUACUCGUUGCCACUCUCGUGAGAGGUGCUAUGAUAUAACAGGUAAAAAUAGAAAAACCUUCGACACUCUCGAUAAUGACGUGUUGGUACACAGUUAUGAAAUAUUCUGUCAUUUAAUUCAUUGAAAUUUUAUACCAUUACACUCAUCUGUCACUUAUUCCAAGUGAUAUAAAAGCUUUAUACAUAUUACCGCGCGUCACGCGUCAUUUUUUUGCUUAAGUAACUACUUUUCGACAUAGUCCGACGAGUCGAACCAUCCAAGUGUGACUAAUGCAGAUGUAGAAAUCAUACACGAUAUCUCUCUCUAUCACCGCUCGGAAAUCAAGUUUGAUGUUUGCGAGGUACAUGCUUACACAUUAAAAUAUUUUGUAGGCCAUCAAACAACAUUAUGUAUCCGUCGGGCUUUUAAUGUGUACUUUAAAAAUGAAUUACGAACGUCUUCGCGCGAACGCCGUCCGCAAUUUGAUUAUAAACCAUUAGAAACUCUAGGACUAAAUCAAGAAAUGUGUUUACACGACUCGAAGGCGCAGGUAGUCUGAAACAAAUUCUCGCGAUAGUCGACACCUAUUAGCGACGAGUAAGUUUGUAUGCAAAAAACACUACAAUAUGUAUAUAUUUAUUCAAGUAUAUGCGAAUUUUUAUUGUUUAUGAUUGAAUUUUAAGUCAAUGUACAUAUACACGUGCAAAUCUGUCGUUCAGAUUUAUGCAAGGAUCUAUCGACGUUCUUAGUGCCAAAUUCUUGUCAAUUGUGUUGAGACUGUAAAAAAUAUCCUUUUUAAAAAAAAAAAAGAAAUUUAACACGAUAUGAACUCGAAGAUAUCUAUGUGUGCAUA